CAACCAAGUGACUACAGUGACUAGUGAGAAGACUAACCUCCACAACAAGUUGAUUUUGUAGGUGCGCAAGAUAUACAGGCGCAUUCGGUCGUUCGUGGAUCGUGGUUCCCAGCAAUUUAAAAUUAAAAGAAUUUAUACGCGUGUGGUUGCAUGGUAUUUGUCGAGUGCUCCGGACUCCGGUUCAGUUUCAUCAUCACUGGCCAUCGUUUAAAUAGUACGCUAAUUUAAACUGGUACGUUGUUAAUAAAUUUCGAAUCUUUACGCGAUAUUUUUUCGUCAAUUUUUGUCACACCUUCAGAUCUGCUGUAUGCGAUUUAGCCUAAUUUCAGCCUAUUUUCGGCGCAAAAAUCGUCGGUCGUGUACAAAGUGUUUUUCAAAGUGCAUGUGUUGUUGUAUGUAGUACUCGUACCACGAAUGUGAUGCUGAGUGCUGAGUGCUGAGAAUAGUACUCUACUCGUAUACGUAUACUUAUAUUAUCGCAGCGAUGUGUUUCAAGUGUUUUUAGAUUAAAUAGUGCUUCGACUUUUCCACGCAGGUGUUGCUGGAAACCAGUUCGUGAUUGGCGUGUUUACUGUUUUUGUAAAAUCCAAAUCAUACACAGUUCACCGGAGGGUAACUCCGAAAUCCGUCCAGUACUCCAGUAGGUGGAUGAUACGAUAGUACGAUACUCGCUUUGUUUUCGAUAUACUCGUACCAUACGUCUUGUACCUACCUACUUACAAUUCAACCCAACCAAUUAGACGCCGUUCCCACGAGCCAUUCUGCAUUCGUAAAACUAUUCUGAUGAAUUUAUAAAAAAAUUCCUUAGGACGGUGUAAAAGUAGAAAAAAACAGUCAAGAUGUCGGUGUUGGCGAUGGUGUCCGCGGUUGCGGGCUUCGUAAAGGUGCGAUAUUUACUCGACAAGGCGGUUAUAGAUAAUUUAGUCUUCAGGACCCAUUACAGAGUGACAACGGCUAUAUUUUUCGUAUCGUGUAUUCUCGUCACUGGUAAUAAUCUGAUAGGUGAUCCUAUCAACUGUAUUAAUGACGGCAGUAUACCGGAACACGUGAUAAAUACUUUUUGUUGGAUAACCUAUACUUUCAGUAUACCUGGUCGAGUUGGUAGUCCUGUUGGAAGUCACGUUGCACAUCCAGGAUUAGGUCCAUACGUUAAAGAUGACGAAAUUAUCUAUCAUUCGUAUUAUCAAUGGGUUCCAUUCAUGUUAUUCUUUCAGGGUAUAUUAUUCUACGUACCACACUGGAUCUGGAAAAAUUGGGAAGAAGGUAAAAUUAGAAUGGUCACCGAUGGAGUCAGAGGCUCUGUCAUUGGAAUGAAAGACGAACGAAAAGCUCGCCAGAAAAGAUUAGUCCAAUACAUCGUCGAUACUUUGCAUAUGCACAAUGCAUACGCUUUGGGGUACUUCUUCUGCGAAUUCCUCAACUUCAUCAACGUGAUUUUGAACAUGUUCAUUAUCGACACAUUCCUCGGAGGCACAUUCAUGACCUAUGGUUUAGACGUACUGGAAUUCGCUAACAUGAAUCAGGAAAACAGAACCGAUCCGAUGAUUGAAAUUUUCCCUCGAGUCACUAAAUGCACAUUCCAUAAAUACGGUCCCACCGGAACGAUCCAAAAACACGAUUCACUCUGUGUUCUUGCCUUGAAUAUUCUCAACGAAAAAAUAUACAUAUUUUUAUGGUUCUGGCUGAUCUUCUUAGCUUUCUUGUCAGCCAUCGCAAUCGUCUACUCUUUAGCUGUGUUAAUGCUGCCCUCAAUUCGAGAAGUAAUAUUGAAGAGAAGAUUCCGUUUUGGGCCACCUACCGGAGUAUCUGCUCUCAUAAGCAAAACUCAAAUCGGAGAUUUCUUCUUGUUACAUUUACUUGGUCAAAAUAUGAGCAUGAUGUGUUUCGGAGAACUUCUCGACGAGCUCAGUCACAAGCUACAUAUCGAAAAUAACAUUCCAACUGCUCCUUCAACAAUGGAACUUUCUCCUAUGUACACGUCGGAUAAGUUAAAAUUACAUAAAGAGACAGAGGCAUGAUGAAGUCAUCCUUCGGAUGCGUCUGUGAAUGUCUUCCUUUCGACUUACGAUUGCCAUUUUUUUAAUUAUAAGUAAAAUUAUACUUGAAAAAAUAUGACAAUAAUUUUAGUGUUUUUUUUUCAUCUUUUUUUUUACGCGAAUCUCAUUUUUAUAAUUUAUUUAUUAUCGUGUUCAAACUAGCUUAAAUGUAGUUCUUUUUGUAUUUAUUUUUGAAAAAUUGUUCUAUUAGUUUGAAUUUUAAUAUUUUUGUGAAAUGUUUAUAAGAGGAUCGGGCAGCGAAACUGGAGGUAAGAGAUCGUGAUGUAAUUGGUAAGAAGUUUUCCAGCAUUGAUCAAAUAUGUGCGAACAAAAUGCUUAAUUUUAAUUGUAAAAAAAAUAAAAAUUCAAUGUUUAAUAAAUAAAACGUUUUAUAAGAGUU